UCCGUCUGUAUCCUCUCUUCUCGGAGUAUAUAUAGAGGUCAGUUGGCCAGAAAGGGUUUCAUCGUCCUCCGUCGCGACAGGGAAAUGAACUUAAAAAAAUGGAAGAGAAACGUGGAGGAGAUUUAUGCGUACUACCGGAAGGCUGCAUAGCAAACGUCCUGUCAUUUACUGGUCCUCGCGAUGUGGGCAGAUUGUCUGUACUUUCUUCCACAUUCAGGUCGGCAGCGGAAUCCGACGCCGUUUGGGAGAGUUUUCUACCUCCUGAAUACCAGUCUAUUAUCUCCGGAUCCCCUGAUUCUUCGCUCUUGGUCUGUUCUCCUUCUAAGAAAGACAUAUAUCUCCGUCUCUGCGACAAUCCUAUUCUCAUUGACGGCGGCAAGAAGAGCUUUCAACUGGACAAAUGGAGUGGAAAAAAAUGUUUUAUGAUUUCUGCUAGGGACCUUUUGAUUGUAUGGGGUGAUACGCCUAGAUAUUGGAGAUGGACUUCUGAACUUGACUCCAGGUUUGCAGAAGUGGCUGAGCUUAUUGGUGUAUGCUGGCUUGAAAUCCGCGGCAAAAUAAAUGUUUGUAUGCUAUCAACAAAUACACUGUAUGGAGUUUACCUUGUAUAUAAGACAACAGCAGGAGCCUAUGGAUUUGAACGUCAGCCUGUGGUUGUGAAAGUAGGAGGCCAUAAGAGAAGUGUUUAUUUGGAUGCAGAAACAGAGAGUCAGCUGCCAUAUCCAACUGUGGGAAGGCAUACGGGUGGGUUAUUCAUCAACAGACGUGCAUUGGGGUUGCAAGGGCCUGUAGCAACUAGAGAUAGAGAUAGUAAUAAUCCACAGGGGGGAGAAGAUGGUUCGUUGGGUGCAGGAAGAGAGAGGCAACAGCGAUACCGAUCAAUGGGAAGGCUGCCGAGUGGGUUGUAUAUCCGCAGCCGUGGAGUGGGUUUGCAAGUGCCUGUAGAAACUAGAGAAAGAGAGUUUAAUAGUCCACAGGAAAGAGAAGAUGGCUGGUCAGAUAGGUUAUUCAACCGCAGCCCUGCAAGUGGAGAAAGAGAUGUUAAUAAUUCACAGGAGAGAGAAGAUGGGUGGUUGGAGAUUGAAUUGGGAGAGUAUUUUAACAAAGAAGGUGAUGAUGGAGAACUGGAAAUUAGCAUUGAGGAGAUGGAAGGUGGUCAUUGGAAAGGUGGGCUUAUUGUUCAAGGAAUAGAGAUUAGGCCAAAAGAGAGUAAAAUGAAAAGAAACAAGUUAAAAAGCAGUGAAAAGCCUAUUUUCUAAUUUGGAUUUUGAAAUCUUA